AUGCAGGCCAUGCAGUCGCAACACAGGAGCCGGCGAGCGCGUGUGCCACUGUCGUGCGAUCCUUGCCGCGCAAGGAAGCUGAAAUGUAAUCGCGAGUGGCCGUGCCAGAACUGCAGCGCGCGCGACGAGCCGGCAGCCGCUGCCGUGGCCUGCAAAUUCCGCGGAGUUGCCCCCAAGAACGAGUCCGGCUCCGCUGCCGCUGCUGCUGCUGCGGCUACUGCCGCUGCCGGCGCUGCGGUCUCGACCACGCGCCCGGCCCCCAGCAGCGACGGCAGUCUGCGCCAGCGCAUCAACGACCUUGAGGCCUUGGUCAAGCGUCUGAUUGAGAGCCACAGCCCCAACAUCCCGUCCCCCAAAUCGUCCAACGGCCCCAACACACCCGAGAGCGCUCGGCUGGUGGCCGAAGCCGGUGGGGACGGUCGCACCGUCUUGGACCGCGAUGGUCAUUCCGUCUACCACGGAGGCGAUGCCUUGUACGCCAUCCUCGAAGAGAUCAAUGGGCUUAAGGACCAUGUCAUCGACAGCGGCUAUGUCCCUGCCAUCUCCAAUACUGUCGACGGUCCGAGCCUGCUUUUCACCCAGCCAAAGCCGAUCGAACGCCUCAUUUCCGAUCUGCCUCCAAAGCCCCAGGUAGAUGCACUUGUCUCUCACUUCUUCUCCCUCACCCAGCAGGCCUCUCCUCUCGGCGUUCCUCCCAUUUUGCACCAGCCCACCUUCAUGCGCGAGUACAAUGAGAACUGGAAAGACCUGUCGCGGGUAAGCUUUAUUUGGCUGGGCCUGCUCUUUUCCGUGCUCGGCAUAAGCAUGCUCGCCUACCGCGAGUACGGCGAGCCCCCGGAAUACGAGGGCAAGUCCGAAGCGCUCCUCCAGCUCUAUCGCAAGCGAGCAGCCCAAUGCCUCCAGAGCGGCGACAUAGCCAAGUGCCUGCCCUACACGGUCGAAACCCUGCGCCUCAAUGCCGUUGCUGAGGGCCACCGCAGGGACGACAACCAGCGAGGGCUCUGGAUCAUGGCUGGCGUCAUCGUCCGAACAGCGAUCAACAUGGGCUACCAUCGCGAGCCGUCGCCCGCCAUCCCCGUUCUCCAGGCGGAAUACCGGAGGCGCAUCUGGUACUCGGUCAUCAGCAUGGACGAGAUUUUCUCCUUCAACGGCGGGUUCCCGUACAUGACGCCGGUGCGAUACUCGGACACGGCCGAGCCGCGAAACCUACACGACUGGGAAUUGACCGAGGACAUGACUGAGCUUCCGCCAUCGCGACCCCUCAGCGAACCAACCCCGGUCACGUACCAGAUCGUCAAGAGCCGCCUGACGCAAGCCCUCGGCCGCGUCGCCGACUACAACUGGGGCCCGGGCUCGUAUGAGAGCCUCGUCGAGAUCGACCACAUCCUCCAGAGCACCUAUCACAACUUCCCGCCCCAGAUGAAGGUCUCGGCGCUGGAUGACGGCGGCGCGGUGUGCACCAUGGCCGACUUUUCGAACCUGUCCCUGCUCGUCAACUUCCUCAAGGGCUCCUGCAUCCUCCACCGCCGGUCGCUGACCAAGUCACGGGUCGACGCCCGCUACUGCUUCUCCCGGGACCGGUGCGUCUCGGCGGCGCUGGACAUCCUCUCCCUGCAGCAGCGCCUGGCCCAUCCCUUUUACAAAACGUCUCAAGUCCGGCAGAUUUUCACCCUCGGCGCAAUGGUCUUGUUCCUCGAGCUGGGGCUGCGCCAGAAAGUCCCCGACCCCAACGCCUCGCCCGCCAGCGGCGUGCUCCUGCAAGCCCUGGAGGAGUGCUGUGCCUCUUGGGCCAAGGCCGCCAGCGCAGGCCAUACCGAGGCCGCGAGGAUCCACCGCUUCUUGGCUCGCCUGCUCUCGGGCUUCCGGCCGGACGACCCCAACGCCCAAUCCUCGGCUCAGGCGAUGUCGUUCCAGCCCGUGCCGCUCUCGGAAGGAGAGGCGGCGGUACCCGCAUGGUUGAAUAUGUCGAACGGCAUCUUUGAUUUCGGAAAGGAGCUAUCAAACGUGGACUUUGAUUGGAUGUCGUGGGACGCUUUCAUUGGAGAGGCUGGCAUGGAGCCUAGUCCUGCUUAUUGAUUUUGCAUGUUGCAAAGUGUCGCUGCGACGACCCUCACGAAAGCCCAGUGCAGACACGGAUGUGGAUGUGCGGCAUAAGAAGCUUGAAAACAAUCCGUCAGUUAUUGUUCUUUGAAGAUGCCUGAACUGCGGCAUGAAAUGCUACAGGCCAUAUUGCCCAGGCAUAGCCAACAGGAAUAGACACCACAACAACAAUACGGGGAUGGAUACACACCGCCCUGUAGGUUUUC